CUUGAUCUCCGGUUGCACCUGUCAAUCAAGUUUGGGGGAUUCUGUAAUGGGUCAAUUCCCUAAUAUUGGCAAGGAGAGAGAGUAAUUAGAGAUUGGGGGGAGAGAGUUCCAUGAAAUAAGAAAUUAGGCAGUUGAGUUCCCGACGAGCUUAAAGUCGGACUCACAAAUUUUGACUAGUCGUUAUAAACGGGAAUUGAUCACUCCCUAUUAUCAAUUGAAUUUGUUUAUUGUGCCGUUAUUCCGGAGUGAAUCCGAAUAAUACUCUCUUCUCUGCCUUAUCUCGGAUACAUAAUCCAAAUUCUGUGGAGAUUCGUGGUGCUUCCAUCCAGUGCUGGACCAGUUGGAAUAUAUAUCCUGUUGGAUUGAUAUUUCCUGUCCAGUUUAACCAAAGUUCCAUCUGUGUUGCACAGCUUAUAUUGACCUCCUGUGGAAUCAACUUCUGGGUCUAAGUAUCAACGGUGGCCACUAAUACAUGAGUAUUCUUUCAUUCGAAUUUGUAUUUGAUUGCGUAAAAUGGAAUGGUCACCGGUAUUUAGCAGGGAGCAGUUGAUGAGAAUGACAUUCAUUGGGUUGUCAACAGUCUUAAAGGAUAAAAUGAUGGGGCGCCUAUUACCAUAUGUACCUUGUUUCACUUGGAAUUUCAAGGGGUAUCGGCCACAAUAAUGGAGACGGUGUGCGGUUACUGGUUGCGGAGAAGCGGGUACAUCGUGGACAACAUAAUGACAAGAGAAGAUUACGUCAAUAUGAACAUUUUUUGCUCAAUCCCGGAAGAAUGUAUUGAUCCCCAAAUUGGGCAGUUCUUGAAAGACAUAUUAAUUACGGCGAUUGGCUACAAAUUCAAAAAAUCGGAAGAACCACAACAUUAUAUUAAAUACAAGGGAACCAUCACAGAAAUUGUGCGCAGCAGCUUCAAUACUUUCUUAUUCCAAAGGGUGGUUGGCGAAUCUGAAAAGCGGAAUAACACUCCUCCUGCACCCAGGAAUGUUAACGAUGAUGGUAGCAUUGUUGUCACCCAAAAUGCAGGUGACGACAACAUUUUUGUUGUUCCACAAAAUGCAGUUCAAAAUAAUGUUUUGGCUAAUAAAGAGACUGUACAGGAAGAGGAAUUAAUGGAAGUUCCGCAAGUUAAAGCAAAUUUAGAAGAAGAAGAUCCAUUAGCAGACGUAGAUACGAAAGUAAUAAUUGAAAAAGAAAUUAAAUCAAACCUGGAAACAAUUAAAGAAGAAAAAGACGAAGAUGAGAUUGAAAUUUAUGAAGAGCCGAUUUAUAUAAAAACGGAUAUUGCGGACGAACCAUUGGACCUGUCAUUAAAGAAAAAAGAAUAAUAAUAAUAAUCAAACGAUUA